AUUGAUGCCAUUGCUGUACAUUAUGGACCGAGAAGGACCAAGAGUCCCCAACCCCAAAACAGCAAGAUAAAAAUAUGUUACAGAUCUAGGACACGAGUAUGAAAACCAUUUGUCUCGUAAUGUGUGUGUGUGUGUGUGUGUGUGUGGAGCUACACCUGAUUGACGGGUACGUCACCACUCCUCUUUUCUUUACUGACAAGACGCAAAGGCUGCUGUCAGCAUUUCCUUCAACAACUACUACAGCGAAGGGGUUGAAGACGAUAAACAGAGAAAAUAUAUAAACAAGCUACGAGGAGGUGGGUGGAUGACAGAUCACCAUGGCUCCCUUCUUAAGGAUUGCCUUCAACGCCUUUGACCUGGGUGCCCUGCCCCCACCACCUGAACAGCCCUUCUGUGCCAUAAAGAUGAAAGAGUCCCUGAACACAGAGCGAGGGAAGACCCUAGUGCAGAAGAAACCCACCAUGUACCCACCUUGGAGGUCCACAUUUGACGCCCACAUCCAUGAGGGGCGUGUCCUUCAGGUGCUGCUGAUGAAGACGGCUGAGGAGUCACUGUCAGAGGUCACUGUGGGUGUGUCUGUGCUUGUGGAGCGCUGCAAAAAGGACAAUGGCCAUGCUGAGUUCUGGGUGGACAUGCAGCCCACAGGGAAGGUGAUGAUGGCAGUUCAGUUCUUCAUGGAGGAUUCUGAUGCUGGGUCGAUAAAGCAGCCAGUGAUGGAGGGGGCUGUGGACAUUGCAACACUGAACCGGCGACGAGGUGCCAUCAAGCAGGCCAAGAUCCACUACAUCAAGAAGCACGAGUUCAUCGUAACCUUCUUCAAGCAGUUUACCUUCUGCUCUGUGUGCCGGGAGUUUGUCUGGGGACUCAAUAAACAAGGCUACAAGUGUAGACAAUGCAAUGCUGCCAUACACAAGAAGUGCAUUGACAAAAUAAUAGGAAGAUGCACAGGAACAGCAACCGACAGUCGGGACACCAUGUUCCAGAAGGAGCGCUUCAAGAUCGAUAUGCCCCACCGCUUCAAGAUUAACAACUACAUGAGCCCCACCUUCUGCGACCACUGUGGCAGCCUGCUGUGGGGCCUGGUCAAGCAAGGCCUCAAGUGUGAAGAGUGCGCAAUGAACGUCCAUCAGAAGUGCCAGUCCAAAGUGGCCAACAUGUGUGGGAUUAACCAGAAGCUCCUUGCUGAGGCACUUAAUCAAGUUGGCAAGAAAUCCAGCCAGAAGCCUGACCCCGACCCAUUUUCCUCUGGGAUCUAUCAGGACUUCAGCAUGAGUCAAGAGGGUGACGGCCCUGCAGAUAGCCCUCCAUAUGGGAAGCUGUGGGAGGGUAUCAGCCCUAGCAUCAGUCCUGGGCCUGCCCCCACACCUACCCCGAGCCACACCCUGCAGAAGACCCACUUGGGGAUAGAGAACUUUGUGUUCCACAAGGUGCUUGGAAAGGGGAGCUUCGGGAAGGUUCUACUGGCAGAAUUGAAAGGGCAUGGUCAGUUCUUUGCAGUAAAGGCUUUGAAAAAGGAUGUGGUACUGAUGGAUGAUGAUGUGGAGUGUACCAUGGUGGAGAAGAGAGUGCUGUCACUGGCCUGGGAAUACCCCUUCCUAACAAACCUAUACUCUACGUUCCAGACAAAGGAACACCUGUUCUUUGUUAUGGAAUACCUGAAUGGAGGGGACCUGAUGUUCCACAUACAGAACAAGGAGCGCUUUGACGUGCCAAGAUCCACGUUCUACGCUGCUGAAAUAAUCUGUGGGCUCCAGUUUCUGCACUCCAAAGGAAUAGUCUACAGGGACCUGAAACUGGACAAUGUGAUGCUGGACAGUGAGGGACACAUUAAGAUUGCUGAUUUUGGGAUGUGCAAGGAAAAUAUUGGCCAGAAUUUUGCAACAACAUUCUGUGGAACUCCUGACUACAUUGCGCCAGAGAUCCUCCUGGGCAAACCAUACACCUUUUCAGUGGACUGGUGGUCAUUUGGGGUUCUGGUUUUCGAGAUGCUGGUUGGCCAGUCGCCCUUCCAUGGAGAUGAUGAAGAUGAGCUUUUUCAGUCCAUUCGCACGGACACCCCACGCUACCCCAUCUGGCUCACCAGGGAGUCCAAGGACCUGCUAGAGAAGCUGUUCGUGAGGGAACCGAACCAGAGGCUUGGUGUUGUCGGAAACAUCCGCAUACACCCCUUCUUCAAGAGCAUCAACUGGCCAGCCCUUGAAAGAAGGGAGAUGAAACCCCCCUUCAAGCCUAAAGUGAAAUCUCCCAAUGACUGCAGCAACUUUGACCGGGAGUUCCUGAGUGAGAAGCCCCGCCUCUCUUACAACGAUAAGCUCUUCAUUGAUUCAAUGGACCCGAAAGCCUUCGCUGGCUUCUCCUUCAUCAAUCCCACCAUGGACCAGAUCCUGCAGAAUACGAAAUAAUUGGCAGACUGCAUUAAAGGCUGUGCCUUAAUCAACAGUUGGACACACCUCUAUUCUAACACUCAGCAGAAUAAGUGUCCCAGAGAAGGGGGGAGGGAGAGUAAUUCCAGAGUUGUACACUGUACCCUACUGUAUAUUCACUAUUUGUGAGGGUCCAUUUGUCAUGGUAUUUUUUAUUACACUCAAAUAUAAACAAAUGAAAGGUAGUGAGAUGAUUGACACACUCUAUUUUAUUUUGUGAUUCUUAUGGACUGUAUAUAAAUUCAGACAGUCACCCCCCUCCAAAAAAAAAACGAGCCUACUGUAAAAAAAAAAAAAAAAAA